UCGUAGAAAUACAGGGGCGAGGAAAGGGAAGUGAAGAAGGUCGGGAGAUACAGCGGGGUAAGCAGUAGCUGAGAAAGACUAGAGAGAAGGGAGAACGCGAGAGAAAAGAAGAAGAUGGGGGGUGGAAUGGAGGCUAACAAGAACCGGUUCAUCGAGGAUUGGGGCUCGGCCAGAGAGAACCUCGAGCACAACUUCCGCUGGACUCGCCGUAACUUUGCCCUCGUCGGCCUCUUCGGCCUCGCCGUCCCCAUCCUUGUCUACAAGGGCAUCGUCCGUGAAUUUCAUAUGCAAGAUGAGGAUGCAGGCAGGCCGUACAGGAAGUUUCUGUAAGACUUCAGAACUGCUCGAUAGUAAUCGUGGGAGUAAUAGAGCUAAGUUCUCUGUUGAAUCACCAAACGAUCAGGCAGAGUAUUUGGUUUAUUUUUUUCUUUGAAAGUUUUUAGAAUGUGAUGUUCGGAGGCCAGUCUUCCUUAUACUUUGCUGUCAAAAAUACUGAACAAUAAUGUUCAAGUUAUGCUUUAUCUAUUCAA